AUGGCACGCCGAACCAGCUUGCAGGGGCCCCACCCCACCUCGUUGACGACACGUAGCAUCAACCAAGGGGUAUCGCUGCUCAACAACCUCGAAAUGCAGCGUCAAGCCAAGCGCACUCGCUACUCCACGCAUCUUGCUGACGAACCUGACACCGACACCGACUCCAUUGCUCCCAUAUACGACGCGUUCUUGAAGGCCCAAGGUCUCGAAGGGAUUCUCACGAUGACCAACUUUAGUCCCUCGGAAUUCAACAUCCUUUGGGCUGACGUUCGAUCGCACCUUUUCAAGCACUGGAAUGUCGGCUCGGGGCGAAAAUCAGAAGUGACAGCAAGAGAUCUCCUUCUCAUGCUUCUUACCUCGCUCAAGCACUGUGGGGCGUGGGACGUUGUUGCAGCCGUGUUCAAGCAGAAAGUGGAUUCCUUCGAAAAGCGCGUCAUGAAGUUUUUGACGGUUCUGUAUCCAUUUGUCAUGCGAAAGUACGUGACUGCUGUGGGGGAGAAAUGGACGAUGUCUCAACUCGCUGUAGGUGGCCAUCAAUUCAAGAACUUUCCCUAUGCUCGCUACGCUACGGAUGUGACGUUCCAGCAGCCCAAUGUGUCCUCCGGCUCGUAUGCCGAGAAGAAACUGUUCUACAGUGGCAAGCACCACCUGUACGGGCACAAGGUUGAAGCCUCGGUCUUACCGAAUGGCUUUGCUAUUAAUUGCACAUAUUACUACAAAGGCAGCGUUUCCGACAAGACCAUCUUCGACGAGAACCUCGACUUCCACGCCGCCAACCUCUGCAAGGAAGCCACUGUCAUGGACCUGGCUGACGCCGACGACCUCAGACGCUUUGGGACCUGUAUGGCGUUUACGAAUGCACACGUUCGGUUCCACCCCCUUCGCGCUGAAGACGGCGACGCGAACUCGCAGUACAUCAACCGCUUGAACGCUAUCGGCGUCAAUAUGGUCAAGAACAAGAAUACAGCGCAACGUACCUAUCGUUCGAAGCGCAAGGCGAGGCUGUCGAUGGUCAUGGCUGCCAAGAGCUCUCUUGCUGAUGCGGAUGCAGGUGGAAUCGACACUGACAUGGGCUCCAACAGUGAAAUCGAAAAUCGCCGUGGUUCGUUCUUUUAG